AAGAUAAUAAUAAAUGAAAGAAUAUAAAACACAAUAAAAAAAUGGCUUGGAUAAGCUCCACUCCACAACUUUAUAAUACAUUCGCUUCUUUAGGUGUUAAAAAAGGAGAUUCGUUCAACGUCAGUAAUGAUUGUUUAAAUAUAUUGGAAGAAAUUCUUCGAAAACUCGCAUUAGAAGAUCAAACGUUAAGAACGUUUCGUAGAGCAAUUGGUUUUGGUCAAAACAUCAAAAAAGAUUUGAUUCCUCUUUUAAUUUACAUUAAAGAUGAUACUCAAAUCAAUGAUGCCACGAAGAUAAUUGACACAACAAUUAAAAUUUUAGUAAAUUUAACUAUUCCCGUUGAAUGUCUUCUUUCGAUCGAAGCCGUUUCAAGAACGGAUGUUGGAAGGCAUACAAUUUUUGAAUUGAAUCGGUUAUUAACUACGAGUAAGGAAGCUUUCACCGAUAGCAGAAGCACAAAAGCUGUUAUGGAUCAUAUGAAACACGUCGUAGAAAAAGAUUCUAAUCUAAAUGUGCAACAAUGUGACAGUAUUAAUAAUUGCUUAUUGUUAUUAAGAAAUAUUUUACAUAUUCCUGAGAAUCGUACUCAAAUCACUAAUUGUCCUUUAGCGCACUCUAGUAUGCAAAAUGAAAUUAUAUGGAAUUUAUUUACCCAAAGUAUCGAUAAAAUAAUUAUUUAUUUAAUGUCUUGUCCUCAAAAGAUGUAUUGGGGUGUAACAAUGGUACAAUUAAUCGCCUUAAUGUAUAAAGAUCAACAUGUAGGAACAUUACAAAAACUAUUAAACAUAUGGUUGGAAGCUUCGCUAAGCGAAAGCAGUGAAGAUAACGAAAGUAACACUUCACCCCCAGAUCAAGGAAGUGGAGAUUCUUCGCCGAUUAUUACGUCAGAUCCUACUUCUGAUUCGAGUGAUAAUGGGGGAAGCGGGAAAAGUAUUGAAAAUAGAAAUAAAACUGUUAACAAUUCAGACCCGAUGAGAAAUAAAGCUACGACGGAAGUUGUUCGUGCUGCUCAAAACAGAAGUAAAGCGUUAGUUUGUAUGAAGAGGGGGAAAAGUACUGAAACUGAUGGAAGUAGUAGUAGUGGAAUGUCUUCUUUGAAUCAAAGUACAGAAUCUAAUGGAACUACAUCAAAGGCGUCUUCCUCAAUUUCCCCACAAUCCCAAUCAUCAUCAAAUACAACCGAUAAAUCAGACCUACAAUCGACAACAACGCCUGGAGGUUCAAAAAAAUGUCCAUCAUCCCAAAGUGAAGUUUCCGAUUGUGGCUACGUGACUCAGGUGGAAAAUCAAGAAUCCAUUUCCACCUCAAGCAAUGAUGAUGAUCAGCCCAGUCAGAAACCUGUCCAUCAAAAACCGCAUACGUUUCAAAAAACUAGAUACAGUACACAAAAAAAUCGAGCGGCCACCGUUUUAGAAAAGAAAGAAUUGAGACGAAAGAAAUUAGUUAAAAGGAGCAAAACUAAUAUUAUAAAUAUGAAAGGAUUGAUGCAUCAUACCCCAACAGACGAAGACGUUUCAAAUAUUUUGAAAGAAUUUACAGUUGAUUUUUUAUUGAAAGGUUAUGGAAGUUUAGUUCACGAUUUACAUUCGCAAUUAUUGAGUAACAUUCACGUUCAGAUCGAUACGUCACAUUUCUUUUGGUUGGUGACUUAUUUUCUAAAGUUUGCCACUCAAUUAGAAUUGGAUUUAGAGCACAUCAGUCCGGUUCUUUCAUAUGAUAUCCUUUCCUAUUUAACAUUUCAAGGAGUGUGGCUGUAUGAGGAAUUGGAGAUAAGCUACAACAUACCAGAUAUCGAUCUUAAACCGUGUUUAAGAAGGUUACAUUUGGUUGUAACAGCUAUAAGAGAAUUUAUACAAGCAGUCGAAACUUAUUUAAAGUUGUUGCAUGUAAGUGAAGAAGAUAAAGUAGAAUUGACAAAGUUACAAAAGCAAAUUAGUAAAACUGAAGAUUUAAAAAGUUUAUUUUUAUUGCUGUUACGACAAUAUAAUCCGUUGAUACAAAGUAAACAGUAUCUCCAAGAUUUGAUAGUGACAAAUCAUAAUUUUCUGUUAUUUUUGGAUAACGUAUCAAAAUUGGAGAACAGACCAGCAACAAAUAUCGUGGAACAUCUUAAACAAUUCGCGACAAUUGAUAUCAUGCGCCAAUACGGUUUAUUAUUGGAAGAUUUCAAGGAGAACGGCGAGUUUGUCAAUAAUUGUGUCUUUACGAUGAUGCACCACAUCGGUGGUGACUUGGAACACGUGUCAACUCUGUUUCAGCCCAGCAUACUCAAAACAUUUUCGCUGAUAUGGGAAACCGAUUACGAAAUUUGUGACGACUGGUCCGAUCUCAUCGAGUACGUGAUUCAUAAAUUUAUCAACACGCCCAGAACGAAUCACUGCUCGGCCGUUCAUUCUUCAACAACCGUCAGUCCUUCCGGUGAUAAAGAAGAUCAAAUUUCUACACCUGCUGUUUCCACACAAUGUUCAGAAUAUCUCUGGACUCAAGAAGAAAAAGAUGAUUUAAUAAAAUAUUACAACGAAAAUAGAAAUACUCCGGACGCUAUAGCAAAUAUAACGAAACAAUACGAACAAAAUGGGAUAAGAAUUAAAUCACAACAUGCGAUUAUAAUAGAAUUGUUGGGUCAAAAUAUUAUCAAUCAAAGUCAAUAUGAAGAAUUUAUACGAGUCAAACGAGAUUGUGGGGAGAAAAAUGAAAAGGAAAUUUUAAGUACUAAUAAUAGAGUGUUGACACAAAAAGAAAGAAAUUGUGUUAACGGUGAUAUUAAAGUCUUAAAAGAAUUCAUUUAUAAGGAGAAUAAAGGAAGAUUAAUUGUUUGGUUACAAAAAGUUGUGAUUGAAGCGUGUUAUGUUAAGUUGUGUUUAAAUAAUGAUGAACCGAGAGAUGUUGAUUGUGUUAUGGAACCAACUGUUUAUUAUCAUGCUUAUUUAAAUUUACCAAUUCCUGUUGUUCCAUGGACGUUAGAACAACAAAACAUAUUAAAACAUCAACCUUUUAUUUUACUUUUACAUAAAUUAGGAUUUUACCUUCCAUCCGAUACAGGAAAAAUUUUCGUACGUAUCCCAAAUUUUUGGACGGCUGAUUAUUUGUUUAGCAUCGCCCAACAGUUAGGUCCAAUAGAUAAUGCAACUCUUAAAUUUGAUAUAAAUAUUCUAGACGGAUUUAGUAAUAAAACCGAACCUACAAAGGAAAUGUCAAACAUCGUAGCUACGUCUGCUAGCCAAUGUAUGUUUUCUACCACCGAACAUAAACAAACACCUUCAAUAGUUAGAUACACACCUUUACCAAAUUCAACCGAGUGGAUUCAAAACAUACUAAAAACAAAAGUGACGCCUUUAAUGAAUACAUCUUUAGGUCUCCUGCCUAGUAACAAUAAUGAAUUAUCAAUUACGAUACCGGAAAUAGAACCACUUUGUUGUAAUCUUCCACCACCGGAAUUAAGAAUAGCUCCGUUAUUAUCAGAACAAUUAGAAAUGGAUAUAUCACCGAUUCAAGAAUCAAGUGUUAUUCAUGAAGAUGGCGAACAUAAUAGUAUAUAUGAAACCGCUUCCGUUGCUUCAGAUUUAACCAGAAUGUGCGUAAGUGAUGAAGAUGAAAAAUUAGACUUUCUACAACAAUCCGAUCAUUAAAUUAAAAAAUAAAAAAGACGUUUUUAGAUGUUUUAUUUGGAGGGUUGUUUGAUGUUUUUAA